GGAUGAGAAAUUUGAAAUUGUCUGUCACACCAGCACGUGGCAACAGAGAGAACUCAUCCCCUGUUUUCGAGCACCUCACGUACUUCCAUAAAUCUUAGAUCAUCACCGACGAGGAAAAAUAUCUAACCCAACCUCGCCCACACUUAACCUAAGUUAGCUAAUGAUAACUUUGGGGUGAUAUAUGUGUAAUUUUUUCAAUAACCAUUUGCAAAAAUAAAGAUAAUAAAUAUAAAAUGUCAAAGUUAUUCGAAAGGAAUGAUUCAGAUUCUGAUGAAGAUAUCAAGAUCAAUUCUGGGUAUGCUAACGAUUACAAUAAUUGGCGACAGAAGGAAGAGUUGAAUAAACUGAAAACUAAAUAUGGAAAGCAUGUGGAAAAUUUGCAAAGCUCUGAGGGUGAGUCUGAAAGUUCCUCGGAUGACGAUGGAGAAGGCAAGGGGAUUACCAGUGUGUUUGAAAAAGACUUUUAUAAAACUCUUGCCUGUCUGAAGGCGAAGGAUCCAAGAAUUUAUGACGAGAGCGUGAAUUUUUUCUCGGAUCCAAAAGACUUGCAGGAAAAUCCAGAGAUUCAUUCUUCAACGAUCACGGAGAAAAUUAAAAAAAAGAAGCAACUCACCCUCCGAGACUACGACCGCAAAAUGAUAAUUGAAGGAGUUCAUCAAUUAAGUGGAACUGAUGAUGAAAAUGACUUUCACCUGAAGAGCAGAGUAAAUAGUUCUACUUACGUGAAAGAACAAAAAGAAUUGAAAGAAUCCAUAAAAGAAAUUCUUCAAGAUGGUAGCGAUAGCAAUGACGAUAAGGACGAUCUGUUGCAACCCAAACACCAGUCAUUAGAAGAAAAAGAGAAAGAGGAUGAAUCGUACGAGGAAUGGCUGAAGGGCCAGAAGACAGAGAUAGAUGUUUCGGAAAAGGCAGCAUUAAAACCGUUAAAAGAUUUCUGGGCCGAUCCUAAACUUGAUCAGAAUGAGAAAUUUCUCAGAGAUUAUGUUUUAAACAAACAAUUUCUUGGUAGAGACAUAAAACAUCCUGAACAUCACGAAGAUAGAAUCCAUAGUCCCAAUGAAAAUCUCUCCGAAGAUGAGCAAGAUAUUGAGCAACAAGAAAUGUUUGAGCACAAAUUCAAUUUCAGGUUUGAGGAACCGGAUAGAGAUUUUCUGAAACGGUAUCCUCGCACGCUGGGUGAUUCCCUACGAAAGAAGGACACAAAAAGAUCGGAGAAGAGAGCCGAGGUAAAGAAAAGAAAAGAGGAGGAGAAAGAGAAAAGGCUAGAGGAAUUGAAGCGUCUCAAGGUAUUAAAACGGAAAGAAAUUGAGCAGAAAAUCGCACAGUUGAAAGAAGUUACUGGAAACGAUGAUAUACAUUUCGAUUCCAUUGAUUUCGAGGAAGAUUUUGAUCCUGUUAAACACGACGAGAAAAUGGAAAAGUUAUUCAGUGACGAAUAUUAUAAAGAAGAAGAUGGAGAUAUUAAACCAGAGUUCCCAGAUAUUGAUGAAGAGCUGGAAAUAGAGCGUACGUGGGAUGACUAUGAACCCAACCUUAAGGAAGAGAAAUUAAAAGAAGAGCAGACAGGUUUCCAUUGUGAGGAUGUUGAUUUUAAUAUGGAUGCAGAUUAUGAUCCCACCAGUACUGUCCAAGAAGAAUUGACGAAAUCAUCGAGGAAGAAGCGAAAACGUCGUUCAAAAUUUUCAGAGAUGAUGUCGAAAGAUAAACCGAAGUUUGACCCAACCCAUCACACUUCCUAUAAGGACUAUUUUGAUCAAUAUUAUAGUCUUGAUUAUGAAGAUAUGAUUGGAGAUCUACCCUGUAGAUUUAAAUAUAGGAGUGUAGUACCUAAUGAUUAUGGACUAUCCGUAGAAGAGAUUUUAAUGGCUGAUGAUAAAGAAUUGAAUAAAUGGUGUUCUCUGAAGAAAGCUUUGGAACACAAACCGAAACAUCAAGAAUUGAAUGAAGUUAGAAUAUAUAAACAAAAAUCUUCAAACGAAACAUAUAAGAAAAAAAUCCUGAAGAGUUUGUACGAAAAAAGAGAUGAUGGCAAUGGAGGAAAUCUUAUCGUUAAAACGAAUCACAAAUCUAAGAAGGAAGGUCAACGUUAUCCAACGAAGGCCGAUGAAGUAUCACUUGCUGUACCGAUUGGUGGAGAAGAUAUAAUUGAAAAUAAAGCGAAAUCAGUAAAGUUUGAGAUGAAUAAUAAAACGAGUGCCGAUAAGGUCGAGAGUCCUCUUCAGGCUGUGCUUAGUGAAGAGGAGCAUCCAAGAAAGGCAAAACUGACACGAGAUGUAGCCAACAUUCCACAAGAGAAUGAAAUUGAUAAAAGAACCGAGAAUAUGAAGAAAGAACGAAAGAAACGGAAGGGAAUCAAGGGAAUUGUGUCUCAAGAUCAGAAUUCAACUGCACAAACAAAUGAUAGAAAAUUAAAACAAACAAUACGAAAAGAAAAAUAUAAACGAGUGCAAAAGAUGAAAUCCAAAUAUGCAAAAGGUUCGAAUGAUUGCGUCAUUACGUCUUUGAGUGAAGAGAGGCUGAGAGCUUAUGGAAUCAAAGCUAAGAAUUUUUAAAAUGAAAUUGUAUAUGGUUUAGAGUGGAGCUGGAAUAAAAAGAU